GCUUCGGGGGUGUUAUGUUGGCUGUUCGUGCUAAUACUGACAAUACACUGUCAAGGCUUUAGGGUACUGCUGCCUACAUUUGUAAUGACCAUGAUGUUACACGUUGAUUUGCCUGGUAUUAAAGCCAGGUUUGUAAGAGGUUGUUUCCAUUUCUCUCAAAACUGUGAUUGAAAGUUUUGAACAUGCCUGGUAUAUUUCGUACAUCUGUGGACCAGUGUUAAGAUGAAUCAGUUCUCGUCUGAAGCCUGUUACAGUGCCUAUUCCAGAAUGAAAACACAUCAUGACUGACGUGGUGAUAAUUGUGUCAUAUCAACUCACUUUGAAUCAAGCCAACCGUGUUGUCAUACCUCAGGAUCAAUUUAGUUUUCAGACAGAAUAUUUAAUAAAUCUUUAUUAACAAUUAACAGAUUCUUCUAUACUAUAUUGAUUAAAUAUAUGUAAGUUUUCAGAAAAUCGUUGCCACGGACUGCUGAACAAAUUCAUCAUUUGAGAAAAUUGAUUAAGUCAUGCGCUAACUAAAAGAGAAAACAAAGACGUCAUGAAUUUCCUCAUUAUCAAUGUAAGAGGGACGGUGUUUAAGACUAAGGCGAAAAACCUAGAAAAGGUACCACAGGAUUCACCUCUCGCCAAUUUGAACAAGACGUCGGAAUAUUUUGAUUCUGAGAGUGGAGAGUUCUUCUUUGACCGGAGUGCUGAAGUGUUUGAUACAAUCCUCGACUAUUUCACCACGGGAAGGCUUCAUAUACCGACUUCCGUGUGUGCCGAGCGGGUAAGAGAAGAGCUUUCCUAUUGGAAAGUUCCAGAAAGUCACCUUUCCAGGUGUUGUUGGAAGAACUAUUACCAGAAAGAUGAAGAUAUGGAUGUGCUUACUAAAUUGCUACAUCACGUACCGUGUGUGGAGAACAGAAUUACUACAAGUUCCGCUGACUGUUGUGACUCUCCCAACAUCAUAAAACCGCCAGAAACCGAACAGAACUUUAGGAGUCGCACGUGGGCGUGUUUAAAUAACCGCAAAAAAGGAAUUCUUGCUAAGAUAUGGUACGUCAUACUAUGCUUUUCGAUCAUUGUAUCGACCGCCAUCUUUCUCCUACAGUCCAUUCCGAUGUUCCGUGUAGAUGCCCCCAAUACUUUGCCUUUUCCAUACAACAUUACGUCGAAGCCACUCCUGAUGUACUGGUACACAAUGCCACAUCCCAUACUUAUGACCAGCGAUGGCAUCCUGAACUUUAUCUUCAUGGUUGAUUGGUUCCUUAGACUCUAUGCCUGCCCAUGUAAGGAGGACUUUAUGAAGGGUCUCCUCAACAUAUUAGAUCUUGUGGCGUGGGUUGCAAUCUGGAACAUCCUGUGGAUUGAGUUUUACAGGGACAUAUUCCACUUCAAAGGUGCAUUUUCCGUCUUGUUCAUGAUUGGGACGCUAUAUGCUACUAGAAUCUUCAGAGUGUUUAGACUGAUGCAGCAUAAUUGUGGAGUAAAGAUUUUGCUACUUUCUUUAAAAUCGAGUGCACGUGAGUUAUGUAUACUUGCUAUAACAUUCGCGUGUGUCUCCGUCAUAUUCGCGUUUCUGUUAUACAUGUCAGAAUUCAAUAGCACCUCCCAUGUUAAGUUCCCAAAUGCCCUAACGGCAAUCUGGUGGGCAAUAGUUACCAUGACAACUGUAGGGUAUGGAGACUUUUACCCUACAACACCUCAAGGCUAUUGUAUUGGCGCCUUAUGCUCAAUCACCGGUAUUUUGCUCAUUGCACUUCCGGUCGCGGUGACGUCAUCGAACUUUAGUGAUUUUUACAAUUUUAAUAAAUAUAGGGCGAAGUAUCAAGAAGCGCUAACAAGGGAAGGGAGAGAACUACCUGAUCACAACAAGACGGUAAUGGAUAUACCCACCACAGGUGUGUAGAUAUACACAGGACAUGUCAGUCAUGAAAACAUUGUGUUAGAAUCAUAUUAACGAUUAAACUGAAGGUGUUGCUUCUACCAAUCUCACAAAAUACAGAUGUACAUAUGUUGUGUAAUUAUUGAUGAGACGUUAUUCCAAUCUCCAAACAUAAUAUUGCUGUACAUAUGCUGUGUGAUAAUUGAAGAGUUGAUUAUCUGUUUACAGAAUAUUGCUGUACAUGUGUUGUGUGAAUUUUGAGACGUUUGUACCAAUCUCUUAACAGAAUAUUGCUGUACAUGUACUGAGUGAUUAUUUAGACAAGUAUACCAUCUUCCUUACAGAAUGCAGCUGCACAGGUAUAACAACUUUCGUACAGAAUAUUGCUGUACAAUACUGAGUGAUUAUUGAAGAGUCGAGUUAUCCCUUACAGAAUAAAUUUGUUAAUGAUGUAUGUUGAGUGCAUAGCUGGUACACUCUUAUACGAUGUUGAUACAGGAUGUUGAUACAGAUAAGAGG